GAGGGGAAGAAGAAGAAGUCAGGAACUUAAACACUUAUUAUGGCCCAGUUGAAUCCUGAAGCCUCCAUUAAUGGGGUGGCAGCUGAUCGAGUAGUGCCACAGGAUACCCCAGUACUAGAUGAAGGUAAUGAACAGCAGUUGGAAGAAUUAUUGGGUGAUAAUGCAGAUUAUGAUGAGGAAGCCGAAGAGAAGAGGUAUUACCGACGGAAGAGAUUGCUAACAGUGAAAAGUGUUUUAUCUGCAAGUCUGGGAGCAGCUAUGACAUAUGGUGUCUACCUAGGACUCCUUGAGAUGCAACUGAUUUUACAUUAUGAUGAAACCUACAGAGAAGUGAAAUAUGGUAACAUGGGAUUGCAGGAUAUUGAUAACAAGAUGCUGAUGGGUAUUAAUGUCACCCCAAUUGCUGCCCUGCUAUAUACUCCUGUUCUUAUCAGGUACUUUGGUACAAAAUGGAUGCUGUUCCUCUCCUCUGGGAUCUAUGCUUUGUUUGUCUCCACCAACUACUGGGAAAGAUACUACACACUUGUCCCUUCUGCUACAGUCAUUGGAGCCAUGAUUGUCCCCUUCUGGGCAUCAAUAGGCAACUACAUUACCAGAAUGGCUCAAAGAUAUUAUGAAUUUGCUAAUUAUAAAGAGGAGAACAUGCGAGAACAGCGCAAGCUGCCACGAGGAGCCAGCCACAAGUAUAUCAUCAUAUUUCAGAGCAUUUUCUUUUCUGUCUUCCAUCUGUGCUUUAUUUUGUCCCAGUUCCCAGUUUACUUCUUCCUUGGUAGAUUCUUAUAUGGGUAUAACCACACAUUAUGUGAUGUCAAGCAGUGUGGUGCAUCCAUCCCACAUGGACUUCUUCCAGGGUUUAAUGUGACUGUCCUACAUUCUCUGCCUUCCAGUGUGAAUCUUAUCUAUAUGGAAAGUGUGCUCAUGUUGGUUGCUCUGUCAUCUAUGCUACUGAUCCUGAUCCUCUGUGGUUCAGCAUAUCGGCCAACUGAAGAGAUUGACCUCCGAAGUAUCGGCUGGGGUAACAUUUUCCAGUUACCCUUCAAGCAUGCCAGAGACUAUCGCCUGCGCUGUUUGAGUCCUUACUUCCUUUACACUGGAUUUGAGGUUCUGUUUGCCUGCACUGGGUUUGCUUUGGGUUAUGGGGUAUGCUCAAUUGGGCUGGAGAAUCUUCCACAUAUCCUAACAGCUUAUGGUCUUUCAGCCUGCGUCUUCUCUUCUUUUGCACUUUUGUUUCUUCGCCUUCCUCGACAAAUCCCAUUGUUAGUUGGACCAUUACUCCAUUCCUGUAUCCUGAUUGGACUGUUUUUCUGGAGUCCAACUCCCAAGGACCAGUCACAGAGUCCUGUGCUGUAUUUGGUGGCUGUCCUGUGGGGUAUGGGCAGUGCUAUGAACAAGACCAGUGUCAGCAUUUUAAUAGGGAUGUUUUAUGAGGAUAAAGGACGUCAAGACUUUGUGUUCACUAUCUACCACUGGCUCCAAGCACUCGCUAUAUUUAUUGUAUAUCUCUGGUCUGGACUACCCAUGAUGGCAAAACUGGGAUUAGUACUGGCCUCUGCCUUGAUAUCGGUUCUCUCAUACCUAUGGAUGGAGCAUAAGAUUAGCCUAAAGGUACAACCUCGAAUCCCUAAGAUUCCUUCCCCACGUCACAAAGUAAAAGGCUACCGUUACCUGGAAGAAGAGAAUUCUGAUGAGUCUGACUCUGAAGAGGAGGGAAAUAACAGUGACAUAGCCGGGGGCGAAAUAUCAGCAAGUGAAGAAGACUACAGAGAGCAGCCACUUCAGAGGAGGAGAACACACAAAAAGAGCAGCUGUUAUGAGCAAGCUGUGGCGGAAUAAUUUAGGCCAAUGUUGUCACACAGUUUAUAUAUUGAUCUUGCCAUCAAAUUAAUGCAUUCCCAAUUUAUUAUAUUCUUCUAUGAUGUGGCCUUUACAGUACAGGUUUCUAGAACAACUCAUUUGGAAUAAUUUUCUUUUUUUUUUUUUGUUUCUUAAUAUUUAGAAUUUUUGACAGCGAAAAAAACUCCUGAGGGUAAGGGAGUGUAGGAAGGGGUUGGCAUGGGACAUAAAGGGGAACUACAACCUCAUGGAAGCAGCCAUGUAGUGGGAUCAUGGUAAUGAAGGGCUAUGCAGUGCUGCUUGCAUCAAGAGCAUGUGAUAUGGGAUUAAGGGCUAUGACCUUGAGGUUCCAAGAUAGGGCUGUAAUAGGGCUUUUUCUCUGGUGGUAAUAAGUACAGCUGCUAUCAAAGCAAAGGUCUAAGGAGUUCCACUUGGUCUGGACGAGUUAUUUAAAUCUAGUGAUGACAAUUUAGACUUUAAUUCCAUCUAUAAAAAAAAAAAGUGAAAAACGGCUGUGUGGAGGUCAUUUUUGUAAUGGCCAUCACAUGGCUGUUUUCAGAGCUGAUUAAAGUCUGUGGGGCUAUUCUCAUGGGCAUUUUUUAGUGGCCAAUAAAUAGCAGCCGUCAACACAUAGGACAUGUCCUGUUUAUGGAUGUUCUCAUUGAAAUCAAUGGGCCCAUUUUUAAGUGCAUCCAUCUAACUGCCAAUAAAAACGACCUCAUCAACUUGAA